CCCUUGCUGUUUUUAUAUUAAAUAAGGAUUUUAUAUGUAUCAAGACAAUAUAAAAUGUACUAAACUGUUAUGCACAAUUUAUUUUAAUUCAGAGACCUUAAGCUUGAGAACUUGCUGAUGGACCGGGAUGGAUUUGUGAAGAUCGUGGAUUUCGGCCUCAGCAAAAACAGAUUUGGAUACGACGAUCGCACAAAGACCAAGUGUGGAACAAAGACUUACAUGGCCCCCGAGAUCUAUAUGAAUAUAGAAUAUGGCAUGGCGGUUGACUGGUGGGCCCUUGGAAUCGCCAUAUAUGCUAUGCUCAUGUAUGAGUUACCAUUCGACAACGAAGAUCCGUUUGAGCUAGCAGAGAGCAUCCUCUAUGAUGAGUUAGAGUUGCCAGAACAUCUAUCAGAGGAUGUUUGUGAAUUAAUAAAUGAAGUAAGUUGUCCCCAACACAUCAGUAAUCAGGAAUGUGCUUUACUGGGUUAUUAUACAUAAGGGGUUACAUUAUGUUUAUGUAGUAACCAUCUUAAAAUGUGUAUUUUGUUGUUAAGCCCAUGUUGUCCCAAUGGUCAAGAUGUGAAACAAUGAAUACCCACUUGAGAAGGUGGGGGGUUAUAAUAACUGCUCACCCCCUGUAUACAGAACUUGGGCUGAUAGAAGAGAAGCAGCUAAUGGGUGUAAAAAUCUGAGCUUCAUACUAAAGCCUUAUGUAGUCUCUUUUUUCUGCCCAACCAGUGGGCUACUUGCUCUAUAAGUCUACAGGACUCUGUAAGACUGCUAGUAUUAAUUGGAUGGAUCAUUUAUUCUUUUCUUUUCUUAAAAGUUAGUCAUUUCAUUUUAGAAUAUAAGACAGAUACCAGCAUUAACGUACAUUAAUCAUGUUAUAAAAAUGAUUUGUGUGUCUAAUUUUUUAAUAUUUGUGUUUUUGCAGCUCUUAGAGAAGGAUCCAGAAUUUCGCCUGGGAUCUGGUGAAACUGGUGCUGACAUGGUUAAAGAGCACCCCUUCUUUAGAGAUAUGGACUGGAAAAAACUUGAAAACAGAAGAGUAAGGCCUCCAUUUGUGCCAGCCAACCAAGGAAAUUUGGAGAGCCUUAGGCAACCUGAAUGCCGAGCUCCAGCAUUGACACUUCCAUCUAUAGAGAUACCAUCGGAGCAUCAAGAGGCAUUCAGAGAAUUUGAUUUUACACCUGAAUAAACAUCAAAUUAAAGGAGAAGGAAACCCCCUGGGCGUAAAAAUCCCUCCCUCCUCCACCCUGGCCUACCUG